UAAAAAACCCCCUUUAACCAAACAAAGAUUCAUACCUUAGCAUGCAAACAUCCAACAUAUGUUCUCCAAGCUAGCUAAUUACUUCCUUCCAUUACUUAUCCUAUAUCUUCCUUUGGUUUCACACAAGGAACACACAAGAUUCUAGCCUAAAAUCCUAACCAAGCCCAUUAAUUAGCCAACAUAUAUUUUCCACCUUGUUAGCUGUUCCAAUCAAAAUCUAUCCCAAGAAAAUGUCGCAACAACAGCAGCCAGUUCAAGGUUUUCCUAAUAAUCCUAACAAUAUGCCUGUUCAGCCUAAAGACACCCCAAUUAGUCAAUCUUCUUCUCAUUCAAACGGAUCAUUUGGCACAGUUUUCAUUAUUCUCGCUGUUGUUUUGGUUAUAUCUGUUCUUGCUUGCUUAAUUGGUCGCAUUUGUAACAAAAGAAGUCAGGGUCAUCAUCAACCAAAACAUAGGGAGACUAAACAUAGCCAUGACAUCCAUCCUAGAGAAGGUCAUGACAUAGAAUAUGGUAUUGAUAAGAGAAUUCCAACUUCUAAAGUGGCUGCAUCACAUGGAGAUCCAAAUAUUCCCACCAGUUCUAUGCCAUUCGACGAUAGACAUGAAGGUAAAGAAGGAGUGAUGUUUGCCGAAGAUCAUAAAGAAUUUAUGCGUGCGCAAUGAAAAUUAGAAAAAGGUUCAGAAAGGAAGUCCUUUUAUACAUCAAUGAAAAUUGCUGAUUGGCUUUUUAUUUUAUUUUCUUCUUUUUAGUGGCAGUACUUGUUUUAACUUUUCUGCUGAUGCAACUGAGCUACUUGGAAUGAGGUUGUAAAUAAAAACAUUUCUAGUACGUUCAUCAACACUCGGUAAAUCUGGUGGGAUGGUUAAAAAUAUAUGCUAGAGCUGUUUGUUCUUACUUCCA